GGCGAACAAACGAGCGAGCGAGCGCGAGAGCGAGGCAACACACUCCCUCACUCACACACAGAGUCUCGCAGAGAGAGAUAGACAGAGCAAGAGGGAGCGUGUGUGUGCGUGUGUAUGUAUGUAUGUGUGCGCGAGCGCGCCCGCGUGUGUGUGAAGGAAAAGCGCAAUGUCUGCUGAAGGGGCGCCUGUACUUCUUCCUCGUGCACUGACCGGCCCUCGCUGAAACACCAUGGGCUGUAUCGGCUCCCGCACCAUCACGGCAGACGCAGUUCCCGUGAGGAAAGAUGGAGAGCAGCAAGGACGUGCCGAGUUUUCCUGGGAAGGAAUCAAUCUGUCUAUGGAGGACACCACCUCCAUCUUGCCUCGUCUGAAGCGGAACUCCAACGCCUACGGAAUAGGAGCUUUGGCUAAGUCCUCUCUGACAGGUGUGUCAGGCGUGACCAGAUCUAUGAAGGACAAGGUAACUAAACCCACUGCUAUGGCUCAAGGACGUGUGGCCCAUAUGAUUGAGUGGCAGAGUUGGGGCAAACCGUCUGCUGGACCAAUAGGAAGAUCAGGUCACAACCUGCACCGCGAGAGAGAACGGAGACUGGAGAAUGACGCCUACAGUGACUUGAGUGACGGCGAGAAGGAGGCACGAAUGGCAGCCGGAGUGAUGCAGCAGUUCGCUAUCUCUGAGGCUACACUGCUGGCAUGGAACUUCAUGGAUGGAGAGAGUCUGUGUGCUGACUCCAACCAGGGCAGUGUGGCCCACCUCAGCGAAGUUAACCAAGAAAGCAUCACCAGCAGAGAUCAGCCAUUGCAUCACUCCUCUGCAGAAGUGUGGCCUCACACGUACGUCUCGCAGGGCCUCUACUGCCUCUCCUCCUCCGACGCCUGGGAACCAAUCAGCAAUGAGCCGUCAGGCAUGGCCUCUCCAGCCGCUGGCUCCUACAUAAUGGCAGGCGGGGCUUCUGGAGAGGGCUACGAUGGCUCUGCACACUAUCUGUCCCAGCAGCAGCAGCAGCUGACACUGCAGCAGCAGAACCAUCUACAGCAGCUGCAGCAGCUCCAGCAGUACCAGCAGCAGCAGCUACUGCAGUACCAGCAGCAGUCGCUGGAACAUCGACUGCAUAGCGCCUCCCAUUCCCUGCAAGCCACGCCCAACAGCACCAUUCACAGCCUGGGCCCACCCACUCACCCGCGAUUGGCCGAUUUAUGGGCAGCGGCUCAGGUGGAGCCUCAUCAGGUGGAGAUGGGACACAUGGGUAUAACCUUGGCAGAAAUGGGGAUGCCCGAAUCGUAUGAGGAUGAUUUAGUUAUAGAAAACGAAUGCAUUCUAGAGCAGCAAGAAGAGGAGGAAUUCAAGGAGGAUGACAUCACAUUAACGCUUGAACCUGAGCCAACGUCCCUAACCCCCGUCCUGACCCCUCCACCUCCGAGAGAGGAGCCCACCCCGCCCGGCAGCGUGAGUCCGGCACAGGCACCAGCAGAGCCAAGGGCUGAGCACAUGGCCUUCGAGGUCACAUCUUGCGUCGUCCAAUUGCUGGAGGAGAGGGAGGAGGUGGUGGAGGAUGGGUCUGUGGUUGUUGCGGUGACCAACUGACACGACAGCUAGGACCAUGGAAGGUGGAACAUGAACAAACAAACAAUAAAAAACAGACAGACGAAACUCUCUUUACCGAAAUAAUCAACUAAUUAAGCUAACGUAUACCCAGCUCCCACCCCGAGGUGUAUUCAUUCUCUUUUUGUCCCACGAUAAACCUGGCGCAGGACUCUGUCAGCAAGCGGGGCACAGACUUAUACAUUAUUAAUGAGGGAUGGAGGACAAUAUAUCUGAAUGGGCUCCAGUGAAGUGGAGGUGAUUUGUGGCAGGGUUCUAGAGAAGGUUGGAGUUUUAUGGGGGACGAAAGCGAGGCGGGAGAAGACACGGAGGACACUUGCAAAAAGAAAAUAACGAGUGCAAUACCAAGAUACUAAGACAACCAAAAGAACGUGCAUGCAUUUUGAAUAUUUAAGUGACUGAACUACCAGUAAUCAAUAAUAGUAAUAAGAAAUACAUUGAUUUUUGUAAUAAAACGAAAAGCCAAUAAAAUGCUAUGUAUUUGUAUGUACAUACAAUAUGUAUGUAUGUAAGUGAGUUUGUAUGUGUGUAUGUAUGUAUGUAUGUGUGAGUGUAAGAAUGUGUGUAUGUAAGUAUGUAUGUACAAAGAUAUAUUCUGGAACAAAAAGAAACAUAUUAUCAAUUCGCCAUUUGGCAAUAAUGUUGUGUGAAGUGUCUCCUAUGUAUUUUACCUCCAGCAUCUACACACACACACACACACACACACUCAGACACACAGACAGACAAACGCACACAGAGGCAAAAGCAAAUGUACACACACAGACACGUACGAAGACACACAGACACACACACACAACAAAUCUAUUUUUCUUCUUUAUAUAAUCAAGCACAAUACUGCCCAACUGGAAACAGUGCUGCCCUGUUCAACAUCCAUACUGAACUGCUAUUUAUAAAACUUAUGCACUAUUAUGGACAUAAAAGAAUGUAUCUGUGAUGAUUUCAUUUCUUGUUCUAUCAGCUUUUUCCCCAGUCUGUCUCUGUAUUCAUUUACUGCAUUCUCAACAUGUGUCUCAACAUGCUACAUGCUGUUUUUAUAUAUAUAUAUAUAUAUAUAUAUAUAUUUUUGUUUUGUUUUGUUUUGUUUGCAGAAUAGCACAAGACAGUGGGAGUAUAAACUGGAAGUUUUAACACCUGUAUUAUGAGAGCUUCACUAAACCAGAUGUUUUUUUUUUUUUUUUUUUACAGAUUAUGUGCAAUAUACAGAGUCCAGUCAGAAUAUUAUGACCACCUCCUUGUUUCUACAUUCUGUGUCCAUCUCAUGAGCUCAGCUGAUCAUAGAGGAGCACUUUGCAGUUCUAUAAUUACAGACGCUCCGCCAUCUGUUCCUCUGCAUACAUUAUUACCCGUUCUUCCAUGUUCAAGGGUGAUCCCACAAAGCAGAUGGAUGGUGGAGGACGAUGCCCACAGGAUGCUGCCUACAUGAAGGUGUAGUCUGGAUAUUUCUGGUUGGUGAACGCUUCUCAGUUCAGCAGUGACACUGAGGUGUUUAAGAACUCCAGCAGCACAGCUGUGUCUGAUCCACUAUUCGUACCAGCACAACACACACUACUAACACACACCACCACCAUGUCUCACAAUGUCACUGCAGUGCUGAGAAUGACCCACCACCCAAACUAAAGCUAAUAAUGUUAUCUCUGAGGUGGUUCUGCGGAGUCCAGACCAUUGAAGAACAGACUGAAAAGAGGAUUUAUAAAGUAUGCAGAGAAAAAGAAGACCUACAAUCUAAUUAGUGUUAUUAUAGAACUACAAAGCCUCUAUAUGUGGUCAGUGGAGCUGAUAAUAUGUACAAUGAUUUAUUGGAUACCAUAGUAAGUUUCUUUUUGGACAUAUUGCAUGCACGCCGGUGGGCGAAUAGUAUGUAUCACAGCAAAAUCAAAAAUCUAUAUCAAGAUUCAAAUUUCUCAAUCUUGAAAAGAGUUUUUUCAGAGUUUUGAUCACUGUACUGUUUUUUUUUUUAAUUUAUGUAGCCAUGUCGGACCAUAUGACUGUGGACAUGACGGCUGAACUAGAAGAAAAGAAGGUGCUUAUCAUAUUAUUGAUUGCUGAAUUUCUUCUGAAUAUUUUGUACAGAUGCUCCUUAUUAGUUGAUGAGGGAAGAAAAGAGAAAAGCAGAUAGUGUAGUCAGUGUGUGAGGUUGCAUUUAUUCGAAUUUGCAUAUGAUUUCCUUUUUAAUGAUUUAAUUCUCUUUGUGGAGAAUUUGUGGCGAGUUUUUAGUGCUGAAACCCAUUAUGCAACUGGAGCAACAUUUAUUUUUUAUAACUAAUAUAUUCUGUGAUAUUUAAAUGUUGAAAAAGCUGGUGAAAUGUGAGAAUAUCCUUACUGUGAAAAGAAAGGCGCAUUUUCAUUAAAAGAGACGCAUUUCCAUUGUUCCAGUGAGUAAAAAAAAACUUCCAGUUUAGUUGUAACUCAUCUAAUUACGCUGUUUAAAACGGUAUCACGUGCAGUGGCUUGCAAAUGUAUUCAUAACCUUUAAACUUUUUUCAUAUAUUGUCGCCUUACAACCAAAAAUUAAAUGUAUUGCAUGAUGCUGCCACCACCAUGUUUCAUAGGGAGGAGAGAGUGUUCAAGGUGAUAAGGCGUUUUACUUUUUUGCCACACAUACCAGUUUGCAUUUAAGCCAAAAAAUCAACUUCUGAUCUGACCACAGCACCUUCUUCCACAUGUUUGCUGUGCCCCAUACAUGUCAAACAUCAUUAUGUCUUUCUUUCAGUAAUGGUUUUCUUCUUGCCACUUUUCCAUGAAGGCCUAAUUUGUGGAGUUCUCUGUCCUGUCAACACAUUCCCCCACCUGAACUGUGGAUUUCUGCAGCUCCUCCACAAAGUGUGCUACUUUGUGUUGGUCUGUCACUUCUCAAUAAAAUACAUUUAAGUUUGUGGUUAUAAGAUAACAAAAUGAAAAAUAUUCAAGGGGUAUAAAUACUUUUGCAAGCCACUGUACUUUUCAUUGGUACAUUACUCUUCAGUAGUGAGUACACUGAAGUUAAAAACUGCUGAAAAUGCCCAGUUUUUCAUCAGUAUUUUAUUUUUUUUAUUAUUAAAUGUUAAAAUGAUGGCUAGCAUUUAUCAUAUGAUCAUUAGCAUUUCCACGUUAAAUCAUUGUCUUGCCACUGUUUGUUUAUUUGGUUUUGGUUUGCUAUAGAAUGGGGGUAUUUAGCAGUGCUUUUAUAGAGAGUUGUCUGGGACAUUGCUCUGGUAUAACAGACCAUUUAAUUAAAACACCACAUUACAGUUUAUUUGCUGUAAUUCAGCAUCAAGUUGGAAUAUGAGCAGUAAAAAUAAGAUGCAAAAGGAAUCUGCAGUCAAGUGGAGAAGUGAUAUGGGUUGAGCUGUUAUACUGAGUUGUAGCCUCAUAUCCAGUAUGUGUGUAUUUUCAUGUGUUGUGUGUAAAUAAAAAUCUUAUUGUGAGGACGAA